AUGGCGGCGAAAUCGAACGACCCGUGUCAAAUAUGCGAUCGAUUCUUCACGUUUCUGUUUACAUCCUUGAUUGGGUUUUUUACGUGGUUCUUUAAAGGGACUUUGGAUGGAAAUAGUCCAUUUUCUUUAAUUGCUUUUCCAAUCGUGUUGUUAUGGCAUUCGAUUUUUAUUUACGCGAUACCGACUGUCGUCAUAUACGUAAAACGAGCCUACAGAGUGUUUUUAAGUUUCCUGUGUAAACCGUUCGGUGGGUACGUUCUGGAUGACUCGCCUCAUUUCCACACGACCGCGCUUGUUUUAGGAAAAUACAAAGAAAAAGACGGCGAGGAGAGUUUGAAAGAGCUGUUGGAGGAACAAGGCUGUAAGACGUACGAGGAGUGGCACAAGACGAUUGAACUCGUACGAUUUAAAGAUUUAGGGCCAAUUGGGAGUAAGAAAGUGAGCGAAGAGAACAACAACACGUUUUUGUUCAAGAACGGCAUCGACCCAUCAGACAUCGGCCAAGGCUCGCUCGGAGACUGUUGGUUACUCGCAGCGAUAGCAUGCCUCGCCGAACAUCCAGAGGCCUUGAGAAAACUGUUUAUUGAUAGAGAAAUUAACCCCAGAGGGUAUUAUAAACUCCGUUUAUUUCACGCGGCGAGAGAAAAAUGGGUCACAGUUGGCGUUGAUGACCGAUUCCCAGUUAAAGUUGCAACCACGAAGCUCUUAAAGAAGAAGAAAUUGUUGUUUUUAAGAGAAACCGACAACGAGUUGUGGGUUUGUUUACUGCAGAAGGCGUUUGCAAAGAUUUUUGGAGGGUAUGCGCAACUCGAUGGAGGACAUUCUGUCGUCGCAUGGAAUUUCCUAACCGGGGGUAAUUGUAUGAUCCUCAAACGCGAAGCAAACGAGACGGUUUGGGAUAAGACUGAGUUUACGUUUGGUUCCGAGAAAUCGUUCAAGGAUUCGUAUUGUAUUCGUGUGGGUCGCUCCUCGGUAUUUUAUCGUCCUACCUCAGAUCCAGAGUUUAAGAAAAAAACAGAGGACCAAGUUUUCGACAUCUUGAGAGCGUAUGCGAAAGCGAGAUGUUUGUUAGGCGCGAGUGUCAAUAAACGCGACGACGAAGAGGUGGAAGCGAAAAGAGAGACUGGAUUAAUCGCGCAACACGCGUAUUCUAUUCUCGAAUGUCGUCGACCGGGGAUGAAGAGCAUGGACAAGGUAUACGACAAAGGCAAAACGGGAGUCAAACUCGUCAAAUUACGAAACCCGUGGGGCGACGAGCACGAAUGGAAAGGCGCCUGGUCCGACGGUUCCAAAGAAUGGACAGAAAAUCCAACCUUUGCGGAGGAAUUAAACUACGUCUCUAAAGCCAACGACGGCGUCUUUUGGAUGGAAUGGUCUGACUUCAACGAAAAUUUUACAAAGAUUCAAAUAUGUGACCGAGACGCGAACAAAGAUCUCUCCUUGGAAAUUUUCGAAAACCACCCAAAAUGUGGUCCUUGUUUAGGUUGCGCUUUUGGGUGCGCUUCGUUUUGGUGCAAGUGCAACGGUUGUCGAGUUAUUUAUUUUGGAAACGAGAAAGGGGAUGCCAUGAAGUCUGGCGCUGGAUGCACGAAAAUUUGUACCGCCGUGUGA